AAGACGAUUUAAAAUUUUAAAUACGAUAAAACGUCAUCGAUUCGAUUAAACUAAUUAAAAGAUAUAAAUUAAUAAAUAAAAAUAUCCGUAAGGAUAAGUGCAAUAUUUUUGUUAGCGAAUGAUUAACCGGAUCGAUGGAAGAUCGAAUAAAUGCGGUCGAUCAUCGAUCGUCGUUCCAACAAUCGGUGGCCAUCUUUUAUCAAAUCGUUCCGCUGCAAGUUUUUCUAUAAGUAUUAUUUGAAAGAGAAAUAUGUCCAAACGUAGCGUUGUUUGGAAAUAUUUCGAUUAUAAAGUGACGGAAGAAGGCGUUGUCGAUAAGACGAUCGUCGUGUGCAAUCUCGGGUGCAACUCCGAAUUGAAAUUAUGUGGGAACACAACGAAUAUGAUCCGUCAUUUGAACGCUUAUCAUCCUACAACGGUGCUUCAUCCUCCUUCCUGUGAUAAUAAAAGAAAUUCUGCCGAUAUUCCGGAAAUGACUCAGGAUAAGGAAAUAGAUAAAAAUGUAAUGGAAGAAAUAAAAUGUGAAGUGGACGUUCCCCAUUCUAUAGAAUCAAAUGGUGACGUUUCACCGGCCAUGCCAACAGAAAAUGCUGCUCUGGAACCAUACGAAGCAAUUAUACCAGGAAUGCUAGGAAAGAAGAAGAGAAAAUUUGCGCAUUCCGCCGAUAUUUACAGACACAUAUCGACCGUCGAAGACAAUAACAUUUUAAAAUUUACACCAAUUCAGAACGAUGCCGAAGGAUACUUCUGUCAGUAUUUAGCGGCGGUAUUAAGAAAGAUGUCGUCCAGAAAGAGAAAUUUGGCCAUUUAUCAGAUCAACGAAAUUCUUUUCAAUCUGGCAGAAGACGAUUAAACGGUUUCCAAACUCCAGAAAUAUGUCGUCGUCGUCGUCGUUGUUGUUGUAAUUAUAUCAUUUUUUCAAACUUAAUUAAAAUAUCUACAAUAAUUUAGAGGAUAUCCCAAAUUCGUGUCAAUUUUAGUUUGGACAAAACAAAUCCAUUUUACAAGUAAUUAUAAAACUGUGACGAGAGAUUGGUUUUUAUAAGGACGAAAAUUAGUUGGAGCGUGUUUCCGUAUAAUUUAAUAAAUGUUUUACCAUCGAACGACUAAGCCGUUUGUGGUGAAGAACACUUUAUUAAAUAGAGAAGAAUUAGUGACGGCUGCGUAAUUAUCCGGACGGUUUUUAGAGACAAUCAUUCACCCAUCGUCGUCCGCAGACCAUUGUAUAUCGGAAGUUAUUUUCCGGGUUUAUUAACCCGCGUGGUAAAUAAAACGUAUUACUUAGCGACUCGUCGAUAGUUUAGAAUUUCACAAUUAUUUACCAUCGAUUAGACGUUAACUUCUUAACGAAAGCGCUGGGGGAAAAAGUAUUCCAAGAAUUUAUUUUAAAAGUAAGUCUUCGACGGCAAUGGUAAAAUUUGAAAAUCUGUUCUAUAAUUUAUUACAUUUUAUAUUACUAUAUUAAAUAUAAGAACGCGAUUAAUUAAAAUUCAUAAAAUAUAAAAUAAUGCGCGAGAUAGAAUGAAAAGGUAACUGGAAAUAUCAUCUAAUAAUAAUAAUGUACAUUACUUAUAGGCAGUCUUCGGUUAACACAUUUUACCGACUGCCAACAAUUCUUGUACUGUCUUCGAUGUAACAAAGAUGACUAAGGCAGAUCCUUUCCGGCUUUUCUUUAUCGGUCUCAACAGCGUUUAUUCCCAGUCUUCGAUUUUUCGAAAGAAUCAUUUAUUAAACCCUUCGUUAUCGUCGUGGCAAACGGAAGAUGCGCCAAGAAGCUAACGAUUGGUACGUAGACCAGGGUUUUGUUUUAAAUGUUUGGAUUUUCGUUUCACGGUGCAAAUGUAAUAGCGUAGUUUAUCGAGUGAAAAAUCUAUACGCGCAGUUUUGCUUACGUUCUUUGAAAAUAGCGUAUUAGCCAAAGUUUACCUUUUUCGAAAUAGUCUUCUUUGUUCCGUAUAAGCAUUCUCCGACGUUCCAAUAACUUUUAUAAAAUAGCGCUACGUUUCCAGUUUCGUAAAUAAGCUGGCUUCUUUUAUCGUUAGUCUUCUCUUUAUUGUCAGUCAAACGAAUGGCGUAGAGAAUAAGAGCAUUGUAUAAACGCUAACGAAAUACUUUUGUAGUAGUAAUUGCCAUAACCAUUGUUUUUAAACGCUGGCGCUAGAUAUAAACUUUUUUCUAAUGCUUAUUCUUUGAGCAUUUAAAUCUCCAAAGACACUUUUUUAAUAAGUAAUAACCAAAAAAAAAAAAAACCUAAAGUAAAAUUUUAAGCGGCGCGUGUUCGUUUCCAAUUCUGCAAAUGUUUCACGCGCGUAAAUAAUUAUAAUUAUUAAUCGUUAAAAUGGCCUUUAUGUACCGUUUUCGGUCCAAAGAGUCGUUUUUAUAUCGUUUCUUAAUAAUUUUAAUUAAAAUUUUCAGCGAGAAAAAUUAUUUCGGUAGCUUUCCCAUCCUAUCUUAUUAAAAUUGAAUAAUUAGAAAAAACAGUAAAAUCCCUUUAUCCCGCUGGGAAAAAUGCCCCGCGCGUCGUUAGCGCAUUUAAAUUAAGGAUUAAAUCUACGUCUAUAAAUUGUUAGACAAAAACUAAUUUGACUAUAAACUUAUUUUAGAAUUUGCUUGGUAAUUGUUUCUCUAUUUAAAAAAUUUUGUCUUGUAAAUUCUGUAUUUAUAGCGCGUACUGGGUGGCCCAAAAAUCAGUUGUCGGAAACAUUUUAAAGAGGAUUGUUGUUAAUUAUAAUUGGUGUUUUGGCCAUUUCCAGCCGAGUGAUCGAAUCGGGAAUAACGCCGGGCUAUUUCAAUCUAGUUUUAAUUGUUAAAUCCGUAUGGGUUAACUGAUUUUAAAGUUUGACUGGCCAAGUUUAUCUAAUUUCCAUCCAAUCGGACAGAAUUACGUUAUUUUGAUACUAAUCGUCAUUAGCGUAAUUCUAGUUAUUCUUUUGCUGCCAGAUAUUUACCUAAUUUGAGACUUUGUUUUCCGUGUACGUAAGCAAACUUUUGGUUUGGAAAUGUGGGUCUACGUCGACGCAAAGAAUAGUCGUUCGUUCCGGCGUAGUAUUUCGUACGUCGUUCGUCGUUCUAACGUUGUAUUACUUCGAACCUCGGUAAACGAAUUAAUUAUACGCUUUUAAUCGAAGCGGAAUUAAAUUCUGGAUAAAUAAAAGCAGAUAUUUUUUCCUUUAAUGUAUUUUAAAUGUUUUUAAUUAAUAAACAGUGCCAAAGCUUAUCGGAUCGUUGUCCGGACGCACGUUAUUUAUACGAAUGAGUAAUGUACUACGUACUUUAAGAUUAUUGUUUGUUAGUUAAUUCGUUUGUUUGUGUACACUCGCGUACAUUUUACACCUUACCAGGCAACUGGCACAAUAAAUAUUGUUAUAAAUAAUAAUUGUAAUUUAAGUCGUUGUAAUUUUUUAUGAUCGUUAUUAAAUCUUUUUAAUUUUGAA